AUACCCCCGAUACAGCGCCAGGCUUCCAUGGACUCGCGUAUUUGAAUAGUUCUCUGUAUACAAAAGGCAGAAAUAGGUUUAUCUAAGAGAAAAGUUUUGAUUGGUAAGAAAGCGCAAUGGAAAUAUUCGAAAGCUGCUGUCGAACUUGCGGCAGCGAGUGCGUGGAGUCCCAUAACAUCUUCGAGGAUGUGGUCAUGGUACGUGGUAAGAAAGUGACGCUACUGGAUAUCCUUACGGCCUGUUUGCCCGCGUCGCUGACAUCUUUAGAGGAGGACGAUGACUAUCCCAAGCAGAUCUGUCGCAUUUGCGUAAAGAAAGUGAGCCUCGCCUACGAGUUUCACAACACCUGGGUAACAGCCCACGCAGAAUUCAAUGUGGCACUGAAAUUCGAGCAGAGACGAAAGCGCAGCCUGGCCUCAAAGACGCAGGCGAAAGCCAAAAUAGAGUACACGCUGUACCCCAGUGUCGAGGCUAUCGAGGAUGCCCAUCAGACUGAUGAUACCCCCACCAACACAGUGAUAUUCAAAAUAGAGCCUGGAACAGCAUCUUCCCCAGAUAUGGCGUAUAUGUUGCCGACAGGGCCAGUGGCCGAGCCGCCGACAGAGGAAGGGAACUACAAGUGCGCUCUCUGCGAGGCGCGGUUCCACACGGCAAAGGCCUGCAGAUUCCAUUGCAGAUUCGUGCAUGACGUACAGUACAGCCCAUAAUCCAACGCCAUUCCAUUGUGUGUACGUUUAUGUUUUUGUUUUACUUAGCUAUAGCAUGAAGCAAAAAAAAAAAGUGGUGCAAUGAGAA